AUUCCGGGCGAGGUUAUAUUUGUAUUUGUAAUAACAUUUUCAUUUUUUUAUUAAAUGAGAACUUAGGAACAUGGAAAAUAAAACUAUGGAAUCAACUGCAACUCCUUAUAGUGUCUUUAAGACAAUUUUAUUAUACAGCAUAUUUAUAUUAGCUUCACCUAUAACAACAUUUUUUGUUUCAAAGAUAAUAUUGUUUGAAGGUAUUUUCAGAGUUACAUCUAUGACAGCUAAUAUUUGGUCUGCAGUAUUUGCUGUAGUGGUGUUACAUAUAGCUGUAGGAUUAUAUAUUUUGCGAGCUUAUAAAGAAGCAGAUAAAGUUAAGGAACAAUAGUGUACUAUACUUUUUAUAUUUAGGUGUGUUGUUAAGCUAUAAGAUAUUUUUUGUAGUGUAUUGGAUACACAAUGUAUUAAAUUUGAUUUUAUAUUAAAUCUUCUUUUUU